GGCACUGGUGGUUUCUGACAUAUACUAACCAGCACAAUACUUUCUCUUGCCAUAUAGCAGAUAGACAGAGCUUCAGUAAUUCUCCUUGCUUUACCGAAGAUGGCAUUUACAGACUUUCUUGCUGCGUCUGAUAUUUCUUCUGCCAUCAAUGCUUGCAAAGCAAAAGACUCCUUUAGUCCAAAGACAUUUUUUGCGACCCUGGGUCUCUCCAAGAAGUCUCCAUCUGAGAUAGAGAAAGUUUUUAGAAUGCUUGACCAGGACAAGAGUGGAUUUAUUGAGCAAGAUGAGCUACAAUUAUUCCUGCAGAAUUUCUCAAAGGGCGCACGGGCUCUCACCGCAGCUGAGAUGAAGGCCUUCCUUGUGGCUGGAGAUAUGGAUGGGGAUGGAAAAAUUGGCUGGGAAGAAUUCUCAGCUCUUGUGAAUGAUUCCUGAGCUUAAAUCUGCCAAACAACACCGGAGAAAGAAACACUGCUGAAUGUUUACUUUGCGACAGGAAAUGUAUAUUAAAUCUUAUAUAAAGUUUUUUUUUUUAAUUCAUAAUCAGUUUCUAUAAUAAUAUUAUAUACUUAAUUUAAUGAUAACUUUAUUAUAUCAAUAAUAAUAAUAUAGAAGUCGUGUACUUUAUAUUUU